UGCACCAACCAAGAAGAAGCUCAGAGUGAGGCCAGAGAGCAGCCAGUGUACAGAGGAUCAGCAGAGCCACAGAGUAAGGCUAUUUAAAACCAGAAAAACAGAGCAGAAAUGGACCCCAGCAAGCCAGCAACUGCCCCUCCUGCAGGGUGGAAUCCAUCUGAGAAGUCAGGCAUGGACCCCCAGCCUCCACCAUACCAGGACUAUAACACUGCUUAUAAUCAGCCCCAAGGAGGCUACCCCAACCAGACCGGCUACCCCCAGGGCCAGCCCUAUGGAGCUCCGUACGGUCAGCCCUACCAGGGUCCUUAUCAGGGUGGGCCUGCGGUCACUGUUCAGCCUGCAGUCUACGUGACAACCGGACCCCUGGCUCAGCCCCUUCCUGACUACUUGGGUUACUCCAUCUUCACCAUGCUGUGCUGCUGCUUACCCCUGGGUAUUGCUGCCCUCAUCUACUCUAUAAAUACUCGAGACGCCAACGCAAUAGGCAACAGACAACAGGCGGAGAGAAGCUCCAGAAUGGCGCGCAUCCUGAACAACACAGCUCUGGGGAUUGGAAUCGUCUUCAUCAUCGUGUACAUCGUGCUUGUUGUCAUUUCCGUGACGGCCGUUCAUUAAACCACCAUGCAUAACCAUCUACACCUUACCAAACCCAGUUGAAGAUCAGGGGUCUUUCUGAAGAGCAUAUGCAUUGUUUAUUCAGCAGAGAAUUCUUCAUAUGAAUAUGAAAUUUAUAUAUAUAUAUAUAUAUAUAUACAUGCAUUAAUGUACCAAUCCAUCUUUUCAAAUCAUAGCGCAGCACUGACCACUUUUUUGAGGCUUCAUAUACAUUUCUUACUUAGUGAUUGAGAUAACAGAGACGAAUUAGAUAAUGUAUACCUGUAUGUGAAAAGCUUGAUUACUGUUUUCUCAUAGGUAAUUUAAAAAAUGUACCAAAUUUUAUUAAAGGGAAUUAAAAGGAAAUAAAGUCAUUGAAAUUAAUGGAAAA